AUGGGGGCGAAGCGCGGGAGAGACGACGACGACGCGGAGGCGUCGUUCCCUCGCGGCGGCGGCGGCGGCGGCGGCGGCGGCGACGUCGCGUCUCGCGGCGGAGGAGGGAACGACGAUGGCGGCUCGCGGAGAGCGCCGCGCGCGGCGUCGCGCGGCGGCGGCGGAGCACGCAAGCGAGGGCGGACGUCCGGCGGCGACGACGACGACGCGGCGUUCUCCUACGGCGUCGCGAAGUCCAUCGCGGGCGAGCGCACGUUCGUCGAGCUCCUGCGUCACAAGACGCUCAGGGUCGGGACGAAGCUGAUGGGCGUCGUCGUCGACGUGAACGACGCGGGGAUGUCGUUAUCGCUGCCGAACGGUCUGCGAGGGAGCGUCACGCGCGCGGAGGCCUCCGACGCGUUCGUCGCCGCGAAGAAGAAGAAGAAGACGACGAAGAUGACGAAGAUGAAGAAGAAGACCGCCGAUUCCUCCGAGUCCGAGUCAGAGUCAGAGUCAGAGUCCGACGAGUCAGACUCCGACGACGACGACGAAGCGCUGACGAACGCCGAGCCGCUCGCCGCUUUAUUCAAAGUCGGCCAGAUCCUCCGCGCCGUCGUCGUCCGCUCCGGCAAAGGCAAGAGCGGCGGCAAACGCAUCGACCUCUCCACGCGGCUGUCGAGGGUAUGCGACGGCGUCGCGAAAGACGCGCUCGUCGACGGCGCCGCGGUCCCGGCGUGCGUGACGGGGGUAGAGGCGCACGGGUUCGUGUUGAACUUUGGGAUCGACGACGCGCCGAUCGGGUUCUUGCCGCGGAAGUCCGUGCGCGCGGAGAUGGCGUCGUCGCUCGCGAGAGGGGCGAUACUGGACGUCGUGAUCAACGCGAGCGCGGGUCCCGGCGGGGACGGAGGAAACGGGGAAGACGGCGGCGGAAAAGAGAAGAAGAGAGCCCUCGUAACCAACUCCAGGGUCGUGCAGUGCACCGCGGACGCGAAGCGCGUGUCGAGCGCGGUGACGCGAGAGAGCGACUACACCUCGAUGCAGUCGUUGCUCCCUGGGAUGCUCGUGAACGCACGCGUGAGGGCCGUUUUGUCAGACGGUAUCUCCGUGAACUUCAUGACGUACUUCACCGCGACGAUCGACGCGUUUCACCUCGGGGACGGGAAAGGGACGGACGGCAAGCACCUUAACGGCCCGACUCCGGACGUUUCGAAGACGCACAAAGUCGGCGAUCGCUGCCGCGCGCGCGUCUUAUUCGUCGACGCGGACGCGAAGCGGAUCGGGCUCACGCUCCGACCGCACCUCGUGUCCCCCCAGGCGGUAUCGGUUCAGCCGUCUUCGACCGAGACUGGCGGCGAUCCCCUCUCGCACUUGAACCUGCCGAAACCUGGGACCUCGUACGACGCCGCGAUCGUUCGACGCGUGGACGCGAACGUCGGCGUCUUGCUCGAGCUUCCGCCGUCCGGCGCGGCGGCCGCGCCCACAGACGAUGAGAGUCGUAUGGGCAAACAGUCUUAUUCGCCGCCGAAAGGCGCGUGCUUGGGAUACGUGCACAUCUCCGACGCGACGGACGAUCACAUCGAGCGUUUGGAGAAGAAGUUCAAGGUGGGCGCGACCGUCCGCGCGCGCGUGAUCGGCCGGCGCGUCGUCGACGGCGUCGCGACGGCGUCGUGUAAGAAAACGGUCGUCGAGCAGCCGUUUCUCUCGCUCGACGAGCUGACGCCCGGGAUGAAAGUGAAGGGCGAGGUGGUCGCCGUCGAACCCUACGGCGCGGUGAUCAAGCUCGCGCCCGGGGUCAAGGCGCUGCUGCCGCCGCAUCACGUCAGCGACAUCCCGGGGCGCACGACGAACGCCAAGGUUUGUCCGGGCGCGCGCCUGAACUUCCGCGUGCUCUCCGUGGACGUCGCGCGAUCCAGAGCCACGGUGACGCGGAAGAAGACGAUCCUCAACAGCGAUCUGGACGUAAUCGCGACGAUGGAGGACGCGACGCGCGCGGGCGGGGCGACGACGCACGGCGUCGUCACCGGCGUCGAGCCGUACGGCGUUUUCGUGUCUCUGUACGGCGCGCUUCGCGGCCUCGCGGGCGCGCAAGAUUUGGGCCUCGCCCCGGGGCAGACGCCGACGGAGGCGUUUCAAGUCGGGCAGUGCGUCCGAGCGCGCGUGAUUCGCGCGGAUAACGGUCCGGGGAAGCUGAAGCUAUCGUUAGCGCCGGGCGGAUCUGGCGACGGAGUUGUUUUACACGACGACGAGGGCGGCGGCGGCGGCGGCGGCGGCCGGUUGGACGACGUCGGCGCGCCGCCGCCCGGGACGAUAAUCGAGUCCGCCGUCGUCAAGCGCGUCGACGCCGACACCGGGAACGUCCUCGUGACCCUCCCCGGCGGCGUCCCCGGCGUGAUCACCGCCGCGCACGUGAGCGAUCACCCCGUCACCGGCGCCGCGCUCGUCGCGACGUACGCGCCGGACGACGCGAUCGGCCCGCUCGUCGCGCUCGAGGCGAAGCCGCGUCGGUCGAUUUUGUCGCGGAAGACGUCGCUCGUGACGGCGGCGCGGAGCGACGCGCUUCCGGCGAGCGUCGCCGACGUCGUCGUCGGCGCGUCGUACCCCGGGUACGUCGCCAGCGCGACGCAGAACGCGGGGGUGUUCGUGCGGUUCCUCGGGCGCCUCACCGGGCUCGCGCCGCCGUCGCAGCUCGUCCCGGGCGCGCGAGGCGGUGACGCGGACCCGGAGGAGUGCUUCGCGCCGGGGCAGAGCGUCCGCGCGCGCGUCACCGCGGUGGACGCGACGGUUGACCCGCCGCGUUUGAGCCUCUCGCUGAUCGGAACGGGAUUCGGCGGGGGUAAGGGUGGUAAAGGAGGGAAAGGAGGGAAAGACGCUGCGAUGAUAGAGACGACCGCGGAGGCGGCGCUGGUGACGUCGUUGUUCGCGGACGUGGACGCCGCGGACGCGAUCGCGGACGCGAGGGCGGCGGCGGGCGACGGCGGCGACGACGGCGGCGGCGGCGGCGACGGCGGCGACGACGAGGACGGCGGCGGCGCGUUACUCUCCGCGGAACUCACCGCGUCGAAGCUCGCGCCCGGGUCGUCCAUCUCGUGCGUCGUGCACGCGACCCGGGAGUACGGCGUGUUGAUGGACGUCCCGGACGUCGACUCCGAUCUCGUCGCGCUGAUGGCGUUCCACCAGACGCCCGCCGCCGCCGACGACGACGACGACGACGCCGCGCCGCCGCCGGACGAGGGAACGAAAGUGAACGGCGUCGUCUUGGACGUGAGCCGCCGCGACGGCGUCGUCGACGUCGGCGCGAGGCCCGGGUUGCUUGCGAUGAUGAAGCCCGGGCCGUCGCCGAAGAAGACGCGGUCGAAGAAGACGCGCGGCGGCGGCGGCGGCGACGCGUCGACGACGUACCUCCCGCCGCCGCGGCCCAAAAAAGGCACCGAGACGGUCGCCGUCGUCGAACUCGUCAAACCCGAGUACGUCGUGUUGUCGCUCCCGAAGCACGGCGGCGCGAUCGGGUACUGCGCCGCGCGGAGCGUGAACGGGUUCGGGUACGAGGACGUCGGCGCGAGGUGGACGCGCGGGGAAGAGGUGGACGUCGUCGUCGUCGCGAGCGAUUCAAAAUCAAAGUCGUCGCGACUUUUGCUGGCGGCGACGGCUGCCGACGCGACGGCGACGACCGACCGCGCGGACGGCGGCGCGACGCCCCCGGGCCGCCCCGCGACCGCGACAACGCCGCCGGGGACGACGCUCCGCGGCGUCGUCAGAGAGGUGCAGGGCACGACGCAGGUCAUCGUGGACUUGCCGAGCGGCAGCAGAGGGCGCCUGCACGCGACGGAGGUGGCUCAGACGUUGAGCGCGAAGCGGCCGCUGAGCGCGCACUUCGCGGUCGGCGCCGGCGUCGACGUCGUCGUCCUCGGCCCCGCCGGGGAUAAGGGCGGGUCCAUGCUCGAGCUUUCGACGCGCCGCGGCGUCGAGGACGCGAAGAAGCUCUUCGCCGCGGCUGUCGACGCGGGCGGCGGCGACGGCGCCGGCGCCGGCGUCGCCGGCACCGCGCUGCUCGCGACGGCGUCCCCGGGCGACGUGAUCGCGCCCGCCGUCGUCGCCGCGGUGUCGAGCGACACGCUCGCCGUCUCGCUCGCGCCGGGGGUGACGUGCAGGAUCCCGAGGGUCGAGACCGGCGACAGCGCGAGCGUUUUGAAACGGCCGUUGACGGAACGUUUCGCCGUCGGCGAGACGAUCGAAGGCGGCGUCGCGAUGGUCGCCGGCGACGUCGCGCGACGCAAGGCGAUCGUGACGUUGCGCGCGGCGAAGAAGCGCGACGUCGUCGCGGGCGCGAAGCUCGGUGGGAUCGUGACCAAGGUGCUGUCGCACGGCGGCGGCGUGUUCGUGCAGCUGAACGGUCGCCAGCGCGGCCGCGUCCACGUCACGGAUCUGAGCGACGCGCCAGGGUCCGCGGAGUCCCAAGGGGAGCCUUGGAAAAAAUACGCCCCCGGCGACGCGGUCGACGUCCGCGUGCUUCGCGUGGACGAGGACGACGGCGAGAUCGACCUGUCGACGCGCGCGUCGGAUAUGAAACGCGCGCGCACGGGCCGUUACGAUAAACUCGCGAUCGAGACGUGCGACCAGCUCACCCCCGGGACGAAAGUCGCCGGGUUCGUGAAGCAGUGCACCAAGGGCGGCUGCUUCGUCGCGCUCGGACGCACCGUCGACGCGAGAGUGAAGCUGUGCAACCUCUCGAACGAGUUCGUGGACGACCCACCCAAGGCGUUCCCGAAGGGCGCGCUCGUGACCGGGACCGUGCUGAGCGUCGACGCGGAGAACGAGCGGGUGGAGAUUACCCUCCGCGCGGACGGCGGCGACGGCGGCGGCGCCGCCGCCGUGAACGCGCCGCCGACGGGCGACGCCCCAGACGAGGGCGCCGUGCUCAUGGGCACCGUCCGCAGGGUCCAAACCUACGGCGUGUUCGUGACGUUGGACGAUUGCGGCGGCAGGAGCGGGUUGUGUCACAUAAGCGCGUUCGCGGACGCGAGGAUCGACGACGGGUUGGACGCGCACGUCCGCGCGGGCGAACGCGUUCGAGUGAAAGGCGCGUUCUAUCUCACACUGGUCCCCAUACGACCGCGUUGGCGUGUCUUGAAAGUGGAGGUUGACACCGGCCGCAUAUCGCUCGGGAUGAAGCCGAGUCUGUUCACAGCGAGCGACGACGAGAUGGACGUGGACGACGUGGACGACGCGGGGGCCGGCGCGGGGGGGAGGAAGAAGAACGUCGCGACGGAGGAUCCGCUGAUGGUGAACGACGACGACGAGGAGGAGAUGGAAGGCUGGGGUGGCGGGGACGAUUCGGAAGACGACUCCGACGACGACGAGGAGGAGGAGGAGGAGGAGGAGGAGGAGGAGGAAGAGGACGACGACGAGCGAGACCCGCUCGCCGCGUCUGAUUCCGACGACGACGACGACGACGACGACGACGCGUCGGAGCCCGAGUCCGAUGAGAUGGACGUCGACGACGAGCCCGACGCAGCCGCGGCGUCGGCGUCGGACUCCGAGGACGACGAAGACUCGGACGAAGACUCCGAAGACUCGGACGAAGACUCCGAAGACUCCGAAGACUCCGACUCGGACGGCGACGACGCCGGGAAGAAGAAACUCCUCGACGACGACGUCGGUCUCGACUGGGACGCCGACGACGCGAAGAAGACCUCCUCUUCCGCCGCCGCCGCCGCCUCCGCCGACGACAACGAGAAGCCCAAGUCGAAGCGCGAAAAGGCGAGAGAAAAAGCCAAUCGAGAGAUGGAACUCCACCGGAAAGAGCAAGCGCUCCGCGACGCCGCGGACCGCGCGCCCGAGACCGCGGCGGAGUACGAAAAGCUCAUCAUGCAGACGCCGCGAUCGUCGUACGCGUGGCUAAAGUUCGUCGCGUUCCACGUCUCGGUGGGCGCGUACGACGACGCGCGCGCGUGCCUCGAGCGCGCGUUGAAAGCCAUCCCGGCGUCGGAGGAGGAGGAACGCAUGAAUAUUUGGAUCGCGUACUUGAACCUCGAGAAUAAGCACGGGAAGCCGUCGCCGGUGGAGGCGACCGAGCGGACGUUCAAGCGCGCGUGCCAGGUGGCGAACCCGAAGAAGUUGCAUCUGACGCUGGCGGGCGUGCACGAGCGCUCCGGGAACGACGCGAACGCGCGGCGGGUGCUCGCGGAGGCGGUGAAGAAAUUUUCUCAGGCGCGUUCUAGUAUCACACUGAGCGCGAAAGUGUGGCUCGCGCACGUCCGAGCGGCGAUCCUGUCGCUCGACGCCGCCAACCCCGGCACCGGCACCGGCGGCGGCGCGGUCGACGCGGACGUCGUGAAGCGAGCGCUCGACCGCGCGACGCAGGCGCUGCCGAAGCGAAAGCACGUCAAGCUGAUGGUGCAGACGGCGUUGUGCGAAUUUCGGGAGGGGCGGCCGGAGCGCGGGCGGACGAUGUUCGAGAGCAUCUUGCGGAAUUAUCCGCGGCGGACGGACAUCUGGAGCACGUACGUGGACCAGGAGAUCAAGUGCGGGGACGACGACCGCACGCGCGGGCUCUUGGAGCGCGCGACGCACUUGGAGCUGACCCCGAAGAGCAUGAAGUUUUUGUUCAAAAAGUUUUUGGAUUUCGAGCGAAAGCGCGGGAACAAGGAGAAAGUGGAAAAGGUGAAGCGGAUGGCGAUGGACUACGUCGCGGAAAAGUUUGGCACCGCGUGA